AUGUGUGCUUUUAAAUCUAACCGAAGUAAGAAAUCAACCGUGGCAACUGUCAAUAAAUUGAUUGAAUCAUAUAUUCCUUCAGCGUCUACAAUACAAAAUAAUACAAACGACGAUGAGAAAAAAUAUGUCAAAGUUGUUGCCGAUGACUUUAGUGGUCACGGUCCUGGCGCUUCAAAAAUAGCUAGGAUUAGGAUGCAAACAAAAAGAAUGAGAGGACAGAGAAAAUUACAAAGAAAAAUGAAAAGUAUAGAAAAAAGGCAAAGAAAAGCUGUGAUACGAAAGCACUUGGAAACCCGGAAGGAAGUUGAACUCUUAGGAAAAUUGGCUAGUGGUGACAAACAAACAGUUGGCAAUCUAGUGAAUGAAAAUGUAUCACGUUUAAAUUUAUUGAAACCAAAUAAUCAACAUGAAAUCAUAGCUUUAGAGGAAGAAAUACUGUAUUCAUCAUAUCUCAAAAGAAAUGUUCAAAAGGUGGGUGAAAAGUCGCUUAAGCAGGUGCAGUUCGAGGGAAAAGUAAGUAAUGGAUUAGUUAGCGUCCCGGGACUUACUCCUGGUUUGGCACCUGUGGAUUCGUUUGAUGCAUUUGAUGAUAGUGAUGAUGAAAGCGGGGAAGAAGCUCGACCACUUCCGAGUGGGUUUAAAGAUGAUUACGAUGAUUAUCAUUAG